AUGUAUUUGGUUUUAUUUUACAGCAAGCUCCGUUCUUGAUGUACAGAGAUAAUGCAGAUCGCUACCGUGGAAACGCACGUUUUAGAGGCUACAUCAUGGAUCUUUUAGAGGAGAUCGCUCGAGUUGUGAAGGGCAUUAACUUUGAAUACGAGGUGGAAUUGGUGGCCGACGGUAAAUACGGUAGGCGAGAUGAGUACAGUAACGAAUGGGACGGUAUGAUUGGAGAGCUUGUUCGGAGGAAAGCUGAUAUUGCAGCCGGACCAGUUUCCAUAACGACUGAACGCAACCAAGCUGUUGAUUUCAGCUACCCAUUCAUGCACAGCGGUCUCCAGAUUCUCAUUAAACAUCCAAAUCAUGUCCUCGAUGAUCCGUUCGCCUUCAUGUAUCCCUUCGGAAUUGAGGUCUGGUUCCUAAAUGCCAUCUGCUUCUUGAUGGUGAGCGCAGUCCUAUGGGCCAUCAACUCCUUCAACCCAUACGAGUGGAAGGCAGCCGUGGAACGACACGAAACAUUCGGUGAGAACGUAGACAACUUCAAUUUCAAGAAUUCUCUUUGGUUCUCUGCCUCUACGCUUGUGUUCCAAAGUUAUGACGCGUCUCCAAGAUCAACUGCAGGUCGAGUAAUUGCUGGAUUCUGGUGGGUGUUUGUUGUCAUUAUGGUAUUCUUGUACUUGACUAAUCUUACCUUUUGGCUUACGGCAUCUAAACGUCUCGCAACAAUUCGUUCUGCAGAAGAUCUCCUUGAGCAAUAUGAAAUCAAAUAUGGCGUUGUUGAUGAAGGCUCUGUAUACUACUUUUUGAAGAAUUCUUCAAAUCCUGAUUUCCAGCAGAUGUAUAGCACUGUCGAGAACACGAUUCCAAAGCCAACUGUGGCGAACGUCAGCGAAGGUAUCAAAAGGGUACGUGAGUCAAACGGAGAUUAUGCAUUCAUUGAUGAAACUGGUAUCUUGCGUUACCAGGCUGACCAGGCAGAACCAUGUAACUUGUACGUUACUGGUGGGUUUAUUUCACGAAACAGCUACGGCCUAGCCGUCCAGAAAGACUCACCUCUUCGUGAUCAGUUGUCAUACGCAAUUGAAACUUUGCGUGACACCCGUUCACUGGAGCACCUUGAGCGACAGUGGUGGCAGUGGGAUAGUAAAUGUGGUAAUUUAACAACAUGGGAGAAACAAGGCAUUUACUCUCUUACUAGUGUCGAUCUACUGGGGGUUUACCUG